AUGGAGACGUCAGUGGUACAAAAAUCAACAGCAGCCGCUGACAAAAUGACUACCAGCAUGACCUCAAGCGUGACUGGAAUGGGACUUGGCGGGAUUACGGGGUUAACAGCUGGAAUAAGUACUCUUACGUGCAUGAGGGAACAGCAAGUAACAAUAGGAGGAAUGCCGACUAAUUAUGUGCCAGGUUUAUCUGCUAAUUAUAAUAUUUCAAGUUUCUCCCAACGGCCAGGAGAGAGUCGGCGCUGUCCUUCUGCGAAGGCUGGACCAACAGCACGAUCGCAAACAGUUGGAACAAGACCUAGUCAUUCAUCGAGAAAUAGUCCCAAUUCACAGUAUGCUCAUAACCUCAUAUGUAAAUUGGCUGACCAAAAUGAACGGCGCCGUCGUCAAGAUACUAUUGAGUUAAUUCCUCAAAGCUAUUAUGCGCAACAUCCGCUUAAAGUUGAGCUCACAGAAUUUUAUUCACGUGAUAAUGCAAAGGAUCACCACACGGAUCAAUAUGAUUUAGUUAAUGAUACCGUUUUACCUAAUCCAGUUAUUAGAAGAGGACAGAAUUUCUUUUUUGCUGUUCGUUUUGAUAGGACCUACGACAAACAACAAGACGUUAUACGUGUAGUGUUUUGUUUUGGACCUAAGCCAUGCGUUACUAAGGGAACCCGUGUGGUAUUGCAAGUUAACUGGAAUACCCAACAAGGAGUUUUCCAACAUCCGCGUGAUGUUAUCGGGAUGGGCAUGGGAAUGGCUCGUUCUCUUCCCCAAGAACCAACUACAACUGCUGCUCCUACAGGACCAGUUAGUACUACGUGCACUUUGGGGGCAAUCAGUUGUAUCCGAGAGACAACUAAUUAUGGCGUGCGUCGCAGUUCCGUUAGUAAUGAACCCUUAACAGUAUCUUCUCAAAAUAGUCCCCUAAGCCCCCUUUCGUCUGAGACAUAUACAACUCGUCCAAUUAUCGAACGCUAUAGUGGAACGUCUCAACAUCAAUCAUUUGGACGUAGUUAUGGUUCAAGACAUGGAUCUUCACAAAAUUUGGCAUCUAUUGUACAGGAGACGGACAAAUGGGACAUAAGUAUUCAACGUCAAGAUGGAAACACUAUUACAUUCCAAGUGCACGUACCAGCUUCUGCUCCGGUUGGUAUAUGGAAUUGUUGGGUUCAAACCAAUCGUUUAGGACAGCGCGAUAACCGCAACGAUUACAAAUGCGAUGAAGAUAUUUAUGUAUUAUUCAAUCCCUGGUGCCGUGAGGACGCGGUUUAUAUGGAUAAUGAUUCGCUAAGGAAGGAAUAUAUCUUAAAUGACCAAGGAAAAUUGUGGUGUGGAACUUGGCGGCAGCCGAUAGGUCGUAAAUGGAUUUUUGGGCAAUUUGAUGAUGUAGUUUUACCUGCUUGUAUGUAUUUAUUGGAAAGCAGUGGGCUUGAACAUUCUGAACGGGGCAACCCUGUUCGUGUAGUGAGGGCGAUAUCAGCAAUGAUAAACGCUACCAAUGAAACCGAUGGCUUGAUUGUUGGUCGUUAUGACGGCGUGUAUAAAGAUGGAGUAGCUCCUCACGCUUGGACAGGUUCAGUGGCUAUUCUUGAACGAUAUCUCACUAGCGGUGGGAAGUCCGUGGAAUAUGGCCAAUGCUGGGUAUUUUCAGGAUUAGUGGUAACCAUUUGUAGAGCUUUGGGAAUACCAUGUCGAUCUGUAACAAAUUACGUGUCAGCUCUCGAUACGAAUCGCACUUUUACGGUGGAUAAAUUUUUUGAUCGCGAUGGUAACGAGGUACCCAACGGUCCUGAUGAGGACUGUUAUGAUUCUUGCUGGAACUUUCAUGCGUGGAACGACGUUUGGAUGCAGAGGCCUGAUUUGCCACAAGGUUAUGGUGGAUGGCAGAUAAUAGAUUCGACACCUCAAGAAGAAGCCGAGUCUGUCAAUCAAUGUGGCCCGGCGAGUGUGGAGGCUGUUCGACGUGGUGAAGUUGGUUUCCAGUUCGACACACCAUUCGUUUUCUCGCAACUUAAUUCUGAGCUUUGUCAUUUCCAAGAAGAAGAAAACUCUGACUGGGGCUUUGUUAGAAUGGCGUCUAAUCAAAACACUGUUGGACGAAAAAUCAUCACCAAGAAUCCUAACCGCGAGGACGAUGAAGGUGAUGGUGAUUUGUUAGAAAUAACCCACGAGUAUAAAACCAUUGAGAGCACGUCUCCUGAACGACUCGCUGUGAUCGCUUCAUGUCGUGGCUUCCAGCGUCUGCAGCAGUACUACGAACUGCCAGAUAGAAAUAACGAAGACGUUCAUUUUGAUCUAAUGGAUAUCGAAAUUGUACCGUACGGUCAACCUUUCGAUUGUACUAUGAAUAUUCAGAACAAGUCCAAUGAAGACCGUACGAUUUGGUGCGUACUCACAGCUUCUUCAUGCUAUUAUACUGGAGCUAUUUCAUCAAGAUUGCGCCGAGCUCAAGGCGAAUUCAUAGUUCGUGCGGGACAGAAGGAAGUUCUCAAACUGCACGUUACCGCUCAAGAAUAUAUGGACAAACUGGUCGAUCAUGCGAUGGUGAGGGUGUGUGCUAUGGCUUACGUGAAGCAGACGCGUCAAACAUGGUCCGAUGAGGAUGACUUCUCAUUACACAAACCAAAACUGCAAAUUCAGGUGCGUGGAACACCUACAGUGGAUCAAGAGUGUUCUGCGACACUAAGCUUCCAGAAUCCUUUAAGCGUCCACUUAACUGAUUGCUAUUUCACGGUCGAAGGUCCCGGAUUGCAAAGACCACGUCAGGUAAAAUUCCGAGAUGUAAAACCAGGAGAACUGGUUAGCUGCCAGGAGAAGUUUGUGCCUACACGUCAGGGAGAUAGUCGUGUUGUAGUUACUUUCUCAUCACGAGAGAUCGAUGACAUCAUUGGUUGUACGGCGGUGACGGUCCGUGGCUAG